CCCGACGCCUCCGCUCCGCACGAUGAAGAUCCAGGUGGUGUGCUUGGCGCUGCUGGCGGUGGCGGCCGCGAAGCCGCAGUACCGCGGGGCGCCGCCCGCCCCCGCCGCCGGGGAGCCCAUCCCCAUCCUGCGCCAGGACCAGGAGGUCAACUUCGACGGCUCCUACCGCUACAGCUUCGAGACGGGCAACGGCAUCGUGCAGGAGGAGCAGGGCUACCUGAAGAACGCGGGCCAGGGCGAGGGCGUGGAGGCGCAGGUGGCUCAGGGCUCCUCCUCCUACACGUCGCCCGAGGGCGAGCAGAUCAGCCUGACGUACGUGGCGGACGAGAACGGCUUCCAGCCGCAGGGCGCGCACCUGCCCACGCCGCCGCCCAUCCCGCCCGAAAUCCAGCGCGCGCUCGACUACCUCGCCACCCUGCCGUCCACGCCCGAGCCCGCCUUCCACCGCCGCUUCUAG